AGGAGCCGCCUGGGCACCCUGAGGAGUCAGCCCGUGGAAGGAGAGCUCCCCCGAGAUGGACGCGUGUGCAUGCAGGGAGCCAGCCAUGUGGGGCGUUGGCCGUGCUCCCCUGGCCCCCUCGGCAGCCGUGGGCCCUGCCUGUGCUACUCUUACCUCUGGGGAGCCCAGCAUGUAACUGACCCCACCUGCUGGCCUGACUGGAGGGCCCCCUGGCUGGAGUUCCCCGACCUUGCAGUUCCACCGGGGUGCCCUUUGCCAGCCAUCCUUGGAUGGGGUACCCCCCUCCGGCUGCCUCAGGGCCUUCCAUCUGGGCCUGGGGCAUCUGCAGCUUUGACCCCCUCAUGGGGAGCCAGCCCUCACACUCGGCCCCCUGGACCCCCAGGGUGUUUCGUUACCCUAUGGAGCCCCCACCCCCAUACUCCUCGUCCCCUCCAACUCUAGGUGGGGACAGCCCCGAGCCCGGUGCCCAGCGGGGGUGGCAGCCCCCGCCCAGCUCAGCCCGCCUGACUGCGGUGGGGAGCCCGUCCAGGGCUGCUUCCCACGUGACGAUGGCACUGGAAGUCCUUCCCUCAGGAGGGCUGCCCAUGUCAGCAUGUGGGCCCCAAACCACCCUGCAGCCCAGAACUCUGCCCUCUGCCCCCUUCCCCCUGUGUGGACCCUCAGCCGGAACCCCACGGCCCCCGCCCCCACCGCCCACCCUCCCGGGCCCGCCGCCGCCUCUUCUAGCUCUCAUAUGCGCUUGGAGACCAUGCCCUCCGGUGGUUAGGGGCCGUGGGGUCCAAUGAGCCCUGCUGUGCCCGCUGCCCAGAUAACUUCCAAACCUGCUGUGACAGAUGGGGAGCACGGGCCAUUCUUAUAAAACGUGUAACUGUGAGUGUCUUACAUUCAAAUACGCCAUGCUGUGCUGUCAGCUGGGUUCAUGCUUCACUCGUUAGAAAGACCCAGCCUCAUUUGCAUGCGUACACUUCCGAUCAUUCUCAAAUUUGUUACCAAAAGUUUUUCAUGUGAUUAUUUCCUACUCUGUUGAUUAUCUGUGGUAUCCCACUUUUCUUUCUUAAUAUUUCAUAUAUUAAAAGAAGAAAUCUUAAUGUAGAUCUCUUGCUUUUAUUGAACCCGCUGCUCACUCAGCAGUUCUCUUGUGUCUCCUGAAGGCGCUCUCUGCUCCCCGUGUCCACUGUGGGCUGAUUGUUUC